UGAUCUUAAAGAUCAACGGCUGUGGUUGGCCCACCGAUUUUUCAGAACAAAUGCACCUAAGCUUGAAGAGCUCCAUUUUUUUUCCAUUUGUCUGGUCUUUUGGUUCACUGAUUCUCUCUCUCUCUCUCUCUCUGUUCAGGGCUUCUCCGAGAUAAACGAAGAAGACUAGUAUUAUUUAAUGUUUGAGUCUUCUUUUUGUUAUUAUUUGUUCAGGACUUUACAUCUUCAGUGUGUAGUUUGAGUUGCAAUUAGUCUGUGAAUCUUUGAAAAAUUUCAUUGUUGUCAGAUUUUUAGUUUUGGGUUUUAGUUCAUGUGUGAGAUUAAGGGCUAUAGAGGGUCGAAUAGUUUUUAGUGCCAGAGAAGAAGGAAAAUAUUUGAGAGAGAAUAGUGAGCUGCUUUUUUGGAAAGAAAAUCCAUUUAGGAGUUUGGUGUUUUCUUGAAGAGUUAUUAACCAAGUAGAUGAUCAUGGAUCCGCGUCUAAAUGGAUUUUCUGGUUCCAAUAAUGGAAUCCAUUUGAGCAACCAGUCUAUAUCGAUUCUAUCGAAUUCGAACAUUGUGGCUUUACCCCAAUUCAAUUUUGAUAGUAACAGUAAUAGUAAUCACAGUGCUUUCAUAGAUCAUAACUAUGACAAUCAGUUUCAUUGCCCUCCAUCCAAUCAAACCUCUAGUAGUUUAACCUCGGUUUCGAAUCUCAGCCCUGAGGAGGAUUUGCCAGAAGACUGUGACUUUUCAGAUGCAGUCUUGAGGUACAUAAACCAGAUCCUCAUGGAAGAAGACCUGGAGGAUAAGACUUGCAUGCUACAAGAGUCCUUGGAUCUCCAAGCUGCUGAAAAGUCCUUUUAUGAUGUCCUUGGCCAAAAAUACCCCCCAUCACCUGAACAAAACCAGAAUAAUGUCUUUCAAAAUGAUGAUAGCCCAGAUGAAAAUUUGUCAAGAAAUUCCACUAGUUACAUCACUAACAGUUGCAAUAGCAAUGGGUAUUUUGAUGAUAAUAGCUUCAUUCAAACUCGGGGUGGAUAUAACUCUGAGUUACAAGGAAUUCCUACUUUUUGUGUUUCCCAAUCAUCUUGUAGCUCUUCAAAUGGUGUAAUCAGCAGCUUUGAUGGGUUGGUGGAAUCUCCAAGCAGUAUUAUUCAGCUUCCCUAUUUGCAUAGUGAGAGUCAGUCAGUAUGGCAGUUCAGGAAGGGGUUUGAGGAGGGCAGUAGGUUUCUUCCAACUAGAAAUGAACUUUUUCUUAACAUGGAGUCCAUUGGAUUGUCAUCUAAGGAGCCAAACGCUGGGACAACAGAGGCUAUUGUCAAGGUGGAGAAAAAUGGUGAGGCAGAGUUUUCGCCAGGAGGGCAUAAGGGAAGGAAGAAUCCUUACAAGCAGGGUGAAGAUGAGGAAGAAGAAGAAAGAUGUAGCAAGCAAGCUGCUCUUUAUACGGAAUCAACUUUACCAUCAGAGAUGAUUGAUCUUAUGCUGCUGUGCAGUACAGGGAAAGGCCGUGAUCAUUUGUCACUUUACCGUGAAGCCUUUCGAAAUAAUGGAUCAAGCAAGAAUGUACGGCAGACUGGCCAAACAAAAAAAUCAUGUGGAGGGAAGAAUAAAAGUAAGAAGCAAAGUGGGAAGAAAGAUGUGGUCGACUUGAGAACUUUAUUGAUCAGUUGUGCACAAGCAGUUGCAGCUGAUGACCAUAGGAAUGCAAAUGAACUACUGAAACAGGUCAGACAACAUUCUUCACCUUUUGGUGAUGGGAAUCAGAGACUGGCUCAUUGCUUUGCUGAUGGUCUUGAGGCACGCUUGGCUGGUAUAGGUAGCCAGAUUUACAAAAGCCUUGUUUGUAAGAGGAGGACUGCUGCUGAUAGCUUGAAAGCUUACUAUCUAUACCUCGCAGCCUGCCCGUUUAGGAAGAUUUCGAAUUUUGCUUCAAACAAAACAAUAAUGAAUGUUGCAGCAAAAGCAACAAGGCUUCAUGUCAUAGAUUUUGGUAUCCUUUAUGGCUUCCAAUGGCCCACCCUUAUUCAACGAAUCUCAUGGAGGCCUGGUGGACCCCCAAAGCUCCGAAUUACUGGAAUAGAGUUUCCUCAACCUGGCUUUCGACCUGCUGAGCGAGUUGAGGAAACUGGACAUCGCUUGGCAGCUUAUGCUGAGAGUUUCAAAGUUCCCUUUGAGUAUAAUUCUAUUGCAAAGAAAUGGGAAACCAUUCAACUAGAGGAACUCAAGAUUGACAGGGAUGAGGUCACUAUUGUUAACUGCUUGUAUCGGGCCAAGAACUUGCAUGAUGAGAGUGUUUCAGUAGAAAGUCCUCGAAAUAUUGUACUUGAUUUGAUAAGAAAAAUUAAUCCAGAUCUCUAUAUCCAGGGGAUUAUUAAUGGGGCAUUCAAUGCACCCUUCUUUGUCACCCGGUUCCGAGAGGCUUUGUUUCACUAUUCUGCAUUGUUUGACAUGCUUGAAACGAUUGUACCCCGUGAGGAGAUGCAGAGGAUGCUUAUUGAGAAAGAGAUCUUUGGCAGGGAGGCUUUGAAUGUUAUUGCUUGUGAGGGAUGGGAAAGAGUAGAACGGCCAGAAACAUACAAGCAGUGGCAAAUCCGUAUACUCAGGGCAGGGUUUGUGCAACUGCCUUUUGGUCGGGAAGUUGUGAAGAGGGCAACUGAAAAAGUAACGUCUGAUUAUCACAAGGACUUUGUGAUUGAUGAAGAUAGCCGGUGGCUGUUACAGGGAUGGAAAGGGCGAAUUAUCUACGCCCUUUCCUCUUGGAAACCUGCUUGAAGGCAUUCAAAAGGUGCAAUGGCUGUUGCCAUCUUCAUCUGCCUUUUUGCAUUUUGCAUUCACAAGGAAAAUGAGAAAAGGGCAAAUGUGGUAGCUGAUAAUUACUGUCAUGUCAUCCUGGGGUAAGAGCAGUGAGAGGACUCCUAUAACUUGAUAGAGUUGUCUUAACAUUUUUCCCAUUGUUGAUGUAUUGUAUUGUGUACAAAACUCUUGGGGGCCAGUUUGGAACACAGGAAUAUUAGAUUGGACUAUUUUAAAUUUAGUAUAAUCUUCCUUUUUUCUUAUGUCCCAAAUUUACCCUGAGUAGUGUAAUAGCUAUUCAGCAAAUUGUUUGUACAAAACACAACCCUUUUCAGUUCAGAAAACAGAGAAGAAAAUUUUGUAUCUCUGUUUUCACAUUGAAGAGCUCUUUUGAUU